GCAUUUCAUCAUUCCUACCGACUACUGCAUCAACGCAGUUCCGCACCCUUGAACACCCUGCUCUCUUCUCCCUCUUGCACCUCCAUCCCAAGCGUCAGCACACAGGAAUCUCCAACGGCCAAAGGAAAAGCCUCCCAUUGAGACCCGUCUUGCGCUGGUGCGACGGCUUCCGCCUUUCCCCAGACGAAUCCUCCCUGCUCUAUCUGGAAACCCAGUCCACGGCGACUCUCCCACAGAACCCCACCUUCACACACCCAUACAAACUCCUUAGUUACUUCUUCUCUGCUCACCAACCCAAACCCAACCGCAGUCCUCCUCCAUUGGCAAACCUGUGACACUUUUCCACACCCUCCCCUACCAGCUAUUUUGCUCAUACGAAGUCUACGGAAGCCAUAAUCCGUUGCCGCCUCCAUACCAUUGCUCGCGAUUAUUCUCCGCUGAAACGACAACAAAGGACGCUCGGACCCCCUCCUUGUUCUCCGGCAUCAUCCCUCUGACUUGGUUACAAAACCUCACGAGUCUGCUGCCACCGACAUUGUCCGUCUCUGACACCUUCUCUCCUCCCUCUUCCAAUUCCUCCUCUCGAAGUCGACCUUGCACAAAUUCCCUUUUCUGCGAAGAUACCCUAGGAGUUCGAGCGAUCGUACCUUCCUGUUGGCACUUGCUUCGGCAGGGGUUGCUCCCUUCCCACCAGAUACAAGUAUCCGCUGUCGACAUCCUCCGCAGUCCAGAAUCUGAGGAUUAAUACCUGCAAAAAAGGGCCGGCAAUCAUGAAUCCACAUCAGAAAAACAAGAUUGAUAUUAGCAAACUGUCUGCAGAUGAGCAACGUCUGUUCAGACUCUAUGGCAAACUCCCAAACAAAAAGGACCUCCUGCAGAACAAGUUGAAGGAACGCAAGUACUUCGACUCUGGUGACUACGCACUUUCCAAAGCUGGCAAGGCUUCAGACACGGGCGUCACCACAAUCGGUACCGAACACCCCAAGGCGGAGGAGAUCCCGCAUAUGUCUCCGCUCACUCACACUCUUUCUCGCUCCGAUUCCAUUGCCCCAGGUACACCCGGCGCUCUUGCCACUUCUCCGGACGGUUUGGGCCAUGGUACACAACUCCAUCCGGUUGGGGGAGGAGGGCCAGGCGGUAUUCAUAGGGGCAGCAUCAACGGGAUCCCCGGCGGUGGCUUGCCCGGCGCGACCAGCAGGAGCCCGGUAAAGGAAAGCAGUUUCCUUGCACGGAGUGCGAGCAUGGAUGAAUAUGGUGGUAAUCAAUCCUCUGAGCAACGAGGUAAAGAUAACACGAUGGAGGGCAGUGUCAGUCCGCCGGUGCAGAAGGCAGGAAUUCCGAUCCGGAGAUGACGUGGAGAAGGGCAUCAUGUUUUCGAGCGGAAAUGACGCGACGACCGUGGUUGAACACGAACAAUUUGCUACGCUGACUCAAAAGGUGGAUGGUCAGCGCGAUACAGAGAGAAGGAUUUGUGGAAAGUGACGGAUGAUAACGACACCAACGACACCACGCUGUAUGGAUGGACCAGAAGGCAUCGGCAUCACUCACUCCGCUGAUCGAUCAAUCGGCCAGCCAGGAUCGGAUUACAACUUCCAUCGUCCCUUGGUACACUGAGUACGAAAACACAACGGCACGGCAGCCAACGAGGCAAAGCGCAACGCCAACAUAAAGUCCUCACCAGUCCUUACAGAACCUGAUCACACCGGGAUCUUUUGUUACUUUGUGUUCGUGAACGGCUUGCUUGCGACUGCGGGCCUUGACGGCUGAUUGACAUGUUCAAGUCUAUGUACGGUAUCUUCGUCUUUUUUUUUUAUCGGCUACGGACACUGGGAGGCUGAGAGAAAACGCGCCGAAAGGCAUCUUUUGAAAAGCCAGCACAAAAAAAGACAUACCAAAACCACAAACCACAACAACGCGAGGGUACCAAGAAGCUACCUAGGUACCUACCUACUAGCAUGUAAGGACGGGAGGAUACGAGUCCCUGGCACAAUGCUUGUGUAUUCCUUUGUACGGAGCUGCAGUCAAUUUUUCACGAUUCUUGAAACCUCCGUCUCUGUUCCCUUCCCUUCCCUUCCUCUGCUGGCCCUUACCCUUCCCCCAGAGUGAUCGGGAUGGUCCUCCCUCAAGCGAUACCCCAUCUUGAUUCGGAUCCCGACUCUUAGCUUGACCUCUUCUUGCCGCCGUAUGUGGUUGGUGGCAUGCACUUGGCCCAGGUGCACAGUAUAGGGCACUGCGAUUCAUGGCUACGGAUCUGUAUCCUCGAUUGACUGGC